UUCCUCCCACUGGGGUGUGGAGGGAGUAGAUAUUCUGGGAGAUCAUUGCUAGCACCUUGGAGUGGAACUUAUACAUUCAGUGUCUUCAAACAUCAUUGGAGUAGUCUAAAGCUUCUAUGGUGGCCCGUUGAGAAGAUCCAGGUCUGGUCUUCAAACUGAGCAGCACAGAUGACAUUCUUUCGGUUCUCUCAAGUUUUGCUGGUGGUGAUGAGCAAUCUUGGCUUUGGGGCUCUUGUAUGCAGUGGAUCCAGUUCCUUCAUCUUGCCUCUGCACCCGAAGCUGAGCACGGUGGAAUAAAGAGGCUGGCGGGUGCAGAGGCCUGGCGUGGGUUGUUUAUCUUUUAUCUGCUCCUACGUCCAAACAGAGACGGAGAGGGAUUGUAUGCUUUUUUUUUUUUUUUUUUUCUGAAGACCAAAGAGCCAGGUAAAGGAAUAUUUUUAUGAGGCACAUGUUCAUAAAGAUGGGCCAGGACCAAACAAAGCAGCAGAUAGAGAAAGGGCUCAAGCUUUACCAGUCAAAUGAGACAGAGAAAGCUCUACACGUCUGGAUGAAGGUUCUGGAGAAGACCACUGAUCCCGGGGGCAAGUUCAGGGCUUUAGGCUGUCUGAUAACAGCACAUUCAGAGAUGGGGAAAUACAAAGAGAUGCUAAAGUAUGCCCUAGCUCAGAUCGACACAGCACGAGAGAUGGAGGACCCAGACUACCUAACUGAAGGCUACCUGAACCUGGCCCGCAGCAACGAAAAGCUUUGUGACUUUCAGAAGACCAUUUCAUACUGCAAGACCUGUUUAAACAUGCAAGGCACCACUGUGAGCCUGCAGCUCAACGGCCAAGUGUGUUUGAGCAUGGGCAAUGCCUUCCUGGGACUCAGUGUCUUUCAGAAAGCCUUGGAGAGUUACGAGAAGGCCCUGCGGUACGCCCACAAUAAUGAUGACAAAAUGCUGGAGUGCAGGGUGUGCUGCAGCCUGGGCAGCUUCUACAUUCAGUUAAAGGAUUAUGAGAAGGCCCUGUUUUUUCCAUGCAAAGCAGCUGAGCUUGUCAAUGACUAUGGGAAAGGCUGGAGUCUCAAGUACCGUGCCAUGAGCCAGUACCACAUGUCAGUGGCCUACAGGAAGUUGGAGCGCCUGCCAGAUGCCAUGGAAUGCUGUGAGGAAUCAAUGAAGAUAGCUCUGCAGCAUGGAGAUCGUCCUCUUCAAGCCAUGUGUCUUCUGAAUUUUGCAGAUAUUCAUCGCUGCCGCAAUGAUGUUGAUAAAGCAUUCCCUCGCUAUGAGUCUUCAAUGUGUAUAAUGACAGAGACUGGCAACCGCCUUGGACAAGCAGCCAUCCACUUAGGAGUGGGGAAGUGUUGGUUACUGCAGAAGGAGCUUGACAAGGCACUGGAUUCUUUUCAGCGAGCGUACGAACUAGCAGACGGAAUCGGCAACAAGCUGUGUUCUCUGAAGGUACACUGCCUGUCGGAGGGCAUCUACCGUAGCAGGGAGCAGCAGGAUGAGCUCCGAGAGCAGGUGGUGAAGUUCCUGCAAUGUGUAGAAGAGCUGGAGCUCUACUGUGGCAUGUGUGGCGAGUCAAUCGGGGAGAGGAACCAGCAGCUCCAGGCUUUGCCUUGCUCCCACAUCUUUCACCUCAAGUGCCUGCAGACGAAUGGGACACAGGGAUGCCCGAAAUGUCGCCGUUCAUCCAUGAAGCCAGGUUUUGUAUGACACGGUUGUGAAGUUCUACUUUGGACUAAGCGACAUAUUAUCGUGGCUCCACUUGAGAAAAAGACUGCAGCGUUCUCUGCAGGAGACACAUAAACAGAACAAAGGGAGUGUGUUAAAUUCCACCCUGUUCAGCUCAUCUGGAAUUAAUAUCGACACUGAACACGAAUGGAAAUAGCCGUAAAGGAGAGCUCCAGCCAUCUGCACAAAGUGUACACUUUAUGCUGUGAGACUUUGCGCUGACUCAAAAUCUGUGUAUGCCCUAGUGGGCUAGCUGGAGGCAGCAAGUCGGAUACAAAAUUCUUAAAGCACUAGGUGUAUAAAUGAAGAAAAAAAUGUUUAAAAAAAGAGUGAUGUGACAAGGGGUCUCUAUACAUAUCAUCUUGCUACGUCAGUGUACACUGGCUAUGUGGCAUGGAUCAUUUUUUCAUGGAUUCAGGUAGAAUUAUUUAGGACAUGCCACGUUUGGCAUCUGUAAAUUGAAUAAAAUGUAGAAAUGAUGCUGAUUGUUAAAAUGCAUUACAUUUUCGUACUGUAGUAAUAUUAUAUGAUUAUUGCUAGGCUACUGUAUAUAGCACUAACAAACUAUAUACAUUUAAACUGUAAAACUUGGGGAUAUAGUUAAUGUACUGUAUAUACUUUGUACUACAAAACAAUCGUGUCAGUAGCUAGUUUGUUGUUUAGGGAGGUCCAGUGAUUACAAUGACGGUAAAAAUCAAAUGCAGCCAGCUGUGGUUUUAACACUGUGUUCAUAACAGACCCUCUGAACAGACUUAAAUACCAUUUUAUACUAAAGAUGUUCAUAUUAACUGAACCAAAUGUGUGCUGCAGUGGUUCUUAAUCACAAUCCCGAGGAUCCAUUUGCACUGCAUUUUUUCCCCUUACCUAUUUUACACAGUUAACACAGCACAUAUCAGUUACAGCCCUUCAUGAGCCAUUGAAAAUCAGUCUAAAGCAUGGGAUCAUUAGGGACUAGGACUUAGAAUCCUUUCACUACUGCAUGUCUGCUUGUCUCCCUGCUUUCUCUGCCCACAACAGAGCUUUCAUAAAUAAGACAAAUUUUUAGUAAAUGUAUGCAUGCAUGUAUGAUUCAUAAAAUAUAUAGGUAGCUUAUUAAAAAUUGGAUGCAUAUUACACAGUAGCUACACAGAUUGUAUUGUGGUUCGACAUCUAACUGAAUAACAGAAUAUUUGGUAAAUAAAAGAUUAUUGUUGAAUGUCAACUCUUAAGAAAGAGUGAAUUCUUAUAACUAAAUGGGAGCAAUGUGAGAUGCUGCUGCUCUUCUGUAUGUAUUCAUUUUCUUACUUCUGGAAUUAUUAUUAGUUCUAUCUUAUGUUUUCAAAAUUAAUAUAACUGUUCGAUUUUACUAACAACUCACAUGUAGCAAUUUCGCAUUCUGUCAUCUCCCAGUACAAAACUACCUCUUUCCAUUUAUUCUUUACAACACAAGCAUGUAUUUGCUUUAGGAUCAGAGUUACAGUUGCAAUCGAAAUUAUUCAAGUGCCCACUACAAAUCAGGUUUAUCGGCAUAAUUUACAGACUUGCAGCUGUUUGCAAUGAACAAAUCAAGCAAAAGAAUGCUUCAAGCGGUUUCCCCAAAUUCAACUGAAAAUGUAACUUUUAUAAUGAUUUAUCCAGUUUAAAAAUUAUUCAACCCCUUCAUAGCAAGCAUCUUUAGUACUUCGUAGAACACCCUUUUGCUGUUAUGACCUGCUGCAACGAGAUGAAUAGUUUCUGGCAGCGUUCCUGAGGAAUCUUAGCCCAUUCCUUAUGACCAGUGGCCUCCAGUUCAGUAAUAUUCUUGGGUUUGUGUGCUGCACCCACCUUCUUCUAAUCCCACCAGAGAUUUUUCUAUGGGGUUCAAGUCAGGUGGCUGUGAUGGCCCCGUAGAAUCUUCCAGGACUUCUUCUGCAGCCAAGCCUUGGUGGAAUUUGAGGUAUGCUUGGGAUCAUUGUCCUGUUGGAAGAUCCAAUUCAGCUUCCUCACAGACAGCAUGACAUUUUCUCCUUGGAUUUCCUGAUACUUCAGUGAAUCCAUCUCGCCGUCCACACGCUGCAGGUUUCCUUUGCCAGAGGAUGCAAAGCAGCCCCAGAGCAUCACCGAACCGCCACCAUGCUUGACGGUGGACAGAGUGUUCUUUCCUCAUUCUUCUUCCUCCAGACAUACCGCUGAUCCAUCGUGCUGAAAAGUUCCAGUUUUGUUUCAUCGCUCCGCAGAACAAAAUCCCAAAACUUCUGUGGCUUAUUUAUAUGAUUUUGAGCUGACCUUUCUUGUAUUUUUUACUUAAUUCUUGCAUCAGGUAUGCUUGAGACAACACCUGUUUUGCAUAUUUGUACUGUUGUGAGGGAUUCUAUUCAGGGGGUUGAAUAAUUUUGAGACUGAAGAAAUCAUUAUAAGUUGCAUUUUCAGUUGAAUUUGGGGAAACCGCUUGAGGCAUUCGUUGUGUUGAACUAUUUCAAUUGCUUUGUUUGAUUUGUUCAUUGUAAACAGCUGAAAGUCUGUAAGUUUUGACAAUAAACCUGAUUUGCAGUGGGGGUUGAAUAAGUUUGAUUGCAACUGUAAGCUCCAAAUAUUAUAAAAUAUAUAUGUUGAAUGUUUGAGAAUGGUCCUACAGACAUAUCCAGUGGGUUUUGUUUUUUUUUUUUUUUAUAGUGAAAUUGCAAUAAAACUUUUUGCUACAAUUGA